CUGCAGAUAUAAAUAACGUCGGCAAGGGAAAAGUAGCAUGGCUGAGAGAGGCUAGCCUUCACGGUCAAUAUUUUUCAACUUUUGCGUAAAAAUCCAAACAGCUUGGAUACAAGCACAGAGAAGGAACCCACUGAGCGCGACUUAAUGCCGCUCACUGGGGCUGACAUCAGCUCUGUCCGUGCGUAAGCUAUUUUGGCAUUUGGGCGUCUUUCGGCACAAAUAUAGAGAAAGACGGUAUUUUUAGUCUUCAGCUCCUUCAGACACUCACCCGUGUCCAUACUGGUCAGAAGGAUGAGUAUUCAAUCGGCCCUCUUACCAAUACUGGUGCUGGGACUCAUGACAAGCUCAGUGCGCUGCGCUCCGCUGCCCGGCAGACAGAGCGGCCCCGUGGAGCGACGCUGGGAGACCCUCUACUCCCGUUCCUUAGCUCGGAUCCCUGGGGAAAAAAGAGAUAUCAGCCGGGACAGUGAUUAUCUCACGGGCAUUAAAAGACUGCGACGUCUCUACUGCAAUGUUGGCAUUGGGUUUCAUCUCCAAGUAUCACAGAACGGUAGAAUUACCGGCGUGCACAACGAAAGCGUCUACAGUCUUCUUGAGAUAUCUCCGGUGGAGAGGGGAGUUGUGACACUGUUUGGCGUCCGGAGCAGGCUAUUCGUGGCAAUGAACAGCAAAGGAAAGCUUUACGGAUCUGCGCAGUACACGAGCGAGUGCAAAUUCAAAGAAGAGCUCCUGGCCAACAACUACAAUGCGUACGAAUCGAUGGCACAUCCCGGGAUGUACAUUGGACUGAGCAAGGCUGGCAAAACAAAAAAAGGAAAUCGAGUAACCACGGCCAUGACGGUGACACAUUUCUUGCCUAGAAUUUGACUCCAUUUGGAGGGGCGCAAAUCUUAGAGCGCGGCGGAGGAACGCGGGGAAACUCCGGGACGAUGCACUUUCUACACAAGUUACAUAUGAGGUUAUUAUGUGUGUAUCGCGUCAUGUAUGUAUAUACCAGACUAUUUAUAACUGUUGAUUUUAUAUGAGGUGGACAAAACAAUUAAUUUAUUUGUUACUUGUUAAUUUAUCCUCACUGCUGCUACCAGGUGUUUUUAUCCAAGUGAAAUUCCUGCAAUAUAUGUACAAGAUGUUUUUGCACUGUCCGUCUUGUUUCGGAGGGGUGGUAUUUGUCCUCCAUUGGAAAGAAUUAGGAACGUCUUAUAGGUCAACUCGUUAAGGUGUAUCAACCCCCCCAUAGUAUUAGCACUGGAGCAAUUGUCCAAUGUCUGGGCUCCUUUGUGCGGAGCUCGGAUCUAACUGAAGCAGUAUCGGCUUACUCGAGCUUACUGAAGUUCUGCCCCUUCAAAUCUGUUUUUAGCUCUGCCAGGGGGUUGAACUUUGAACUUCUCCGCAGUCAAUCUAUGUCACAUCUCCAAGGCUCCGUAUAGAGAGAGAGGGAGAGAUGAUUUCUUGAACAUACAGAAAAAGAAUUUCAAAAUUCAAAGGCAUGACUGUGGGUUGCAAUGCAGGCUAUGCAGAUCCUGUACCCUGAGCCCCUUUGAAAAAAAGACAUACUUUACAUAAGCCUUUUACUACAUAUGUCAUGUCAAAUAUCAGUGUUCUUCUAUGGCGGCGAGCGACACACAAAAAAAAAGACAUUACGGUGUUGUGGUUCGCAUAGAAUUCAUGUAAAACUAAAAUGCCACAACCUCCACGUUGAGUUAUUGCUCGUUUUCUACCUCAUGCAGUCUCCAAAUCUGAAAAUAAGCUGACACUGAAGCUUUAGUUUUAAGUUCUUCUCAGGCUUUUCCAAGGCCACUCUCUCAAAGUCCUGGCGGCCACCGCGUCCUAGUCGCGCCUUAUCACAUUUGAGCUAUCUUUACCCUGUGAUUUACUUUUAGAAAGGAUAAUCAUGUUGGAAAUAUUUGCAGACAGCUGUUACACUAUAUGCUCAACCAGUAACCCUAUAUUUUACUUUAUAUAUUUUGUAAAUAUCAUGUGAGGCUGCUUUUCAACUCUGGUAUUUCAUGUUGGUAAAAUAAAUAUUCAACUAUACUGUACAUUCAUGCAGGGAAAAUAAGCUUUUCACCUUAGACUUGUUGUUUUUAAAUAUAUAUGUAUGAUAUUAUCUUUAAAAGCAUUCCUUAAUGUCAUCAUUUCGGGAAGAGGUCUGCAGGUACGUUAAAUUGAGAAAAACAUAGAUUCUGGGAAGAAAAAAAAACUUAAACACAUUCUGAGAUUUUGUUAUUUUACUUGGCCUAAUCUCAAAGCCCUUUGAGUUGUUACAUGCCCGAAUUUGUCGUUUGUUACCUUCCUGGAUGUGCACAUCAAUUAGUUUCGCUUGAUGACUCCGAGCUAAAGCCGGAGGAGGGUUCCUCUGUUUCUUCCCUUUUCACAUCUGUGCCAAACCUCUUUCCAAAUUUGCAUCAGUGUGGAUGUUGUUUACAAUAGACCCAAUGGCCACUGAAGGCAAAUUGUUCCUCUGACCCUCAUCUAAAUCACUGAACUCGAUUUGUUUAACAAGAACAUGCAAUAUCAACAGGCAUGACCCGGUAGAUCAGUGAAAACUCAACUUCGCACGAAACAACAAUGUUCCAGACCGGUGAAUAAAUGGGCGCUUUUCGGAGAUGAACCGGGACAAACACAAUACCGUUCUCUGUCACUUCUUCCCAUGUUAUUAUCGCAAUUGGGUCCUGUAGUUGUUUGCUCUGAAUCCUGUUGACAUUUACCAAAUAUUGUCUGUAGUUUUAUACAGGUCCUGUUGCAUUUUGUGUAUGUGCUGUGCACAUGAUGAUACCCUAACUUAAAUGGAAGUUAAUAAAUAUGUCAAUCACA